AACGAAAACAAAACAGAGCAAAAACAAUAAAUAAAAAAGUUUGUGUCGAUUGAAACCAGAGAAAAGCCAAAGAGGGAUUUACUGACUGAGCUUGUCGCAGAUGCAAUCAACAUCCGUUGGUAGUAGCGGCGGCGGAAGCGGCGGAGGAAGUAACAGCGGCGGCGGAGGAGGAGGAGGAGGAGGAGGGGGGCAGGUGAGUCGAAGUGGAUUAUCUCGGAUCCGUUCAGCUCCGGCGACUUGGCUUGAAGCUUUACUUGAGGAAGAUGAAGAAGAAUCUUUAAAACCUACUAAUCUUGGUCUAACUGAGUUACUCACCGGGAACUCGGCCGAUUUACCGACGAGUCGUGGCUCGUUCGAGUUUCCGAUUCCGGUUGGGCAUGGAUUGUACCAAGAAAGUGGGUUUCACCGACAAAACAGUACUCCGGCGGAUUUUCUCAGUGGCUCUGAUGGAUUUAUCCCAAGUUUUGGGAUUCCGGCGAAUUACGAAUACUUAUCACCGAACAUUGAUGUUGUUUCUCCGGGAAGUAAACGGUCUAGAGAAAUGGAAGCGCUCUUCUCUUCUCCUGAGUUUACUUCUCAGAUGAAAGGAGAGCAAAGCAGCGGUCAAGUACCAGGCAUGACGGAUAUGAAUGUGGAUAACGUUAUGGAGGACUCUGUUGCUUUUAGGGUUCGUGCUAAACGUGGUUGUGCAACGCAUCCUCGUAGCAUUGCUGAGAGGGUAAGAAGAACGCGAAUAAGUGAUCGAAUAAGGAAGCUACAAGAGCUUGUUCCUAACAUGGAUAAGCAAACAAACACUGCAGACAUGUUAGAAGAAGCUGUAGAAUACGUGAAGGUUCUUCAAAGGCAGAUCCAGGAGUUAACAGAAGAACAGAAGAAGUGCACUUGCAUGCCUAAGGAAGAACAAUGAGGAGGAAGGAAGCUAUGGAGCGACGGCUAAUCUUGGACUCGUGCUUUCAUUAUUGGAUGCUGUUAUGAGUUGUGCCAGCUAAAUUAUAAGUUGUGUGUUGUUCCUCGCUAUCUAGUUAUACUAUGCUAUCCAAGGGCCAAAAUGUUCCCAUUCCCUUAUCCAUCUUGGUCAGGAACUCUGAUAUACAGUAUCAUGAUAUAAAAACUCGAGCCAGAUAU